CAUCGAGCCAAACUGAAACCAGCCAUGAACCGACUGCUGCUUGCUUGCGCAUUACUGGCGGUUGUCAUUGCCUCGGUAAAGGCCGACUGCUCUCCAGGCUAUACGCAGCGUAUAGCUGUGGACAAGUUGUGGAGCACGUCACACGAAUCGUGGUUGUUCGCCGACCACUUCUGUACAGUUGAGGGUGCCAGGCUGGCCAACAUCAGGAACGAUGCGGACAGUAUUUGGAUCAACGACUUUUUCUUAAAGAACAAACGCUACCUCUGUGGAAGCGGUACUGGAUUGGAGGCAACGAUAUUGUCAGGGAGGGGUGUGGACAUGGGUGGAAGAUGGCAGCCUAAUGACCUAUUCCAACAGGGCAAACAACCAGCCAGCAAAUUCCCAUAAUGAGGGCGUGUUGGA